AUGACAAAUCUGCAAAUGAAAGAGGCAGCCCUUGUCUAUCUCGACAGAAGUGGAGGGCUCCAAAAGUUUAUGGAUGACUGCAAGUAUUACAACGAUUCAAAACAAAGUUAUGCUGUCUAUCGGUUCAAUAUUUUAAUAAACCCCUCUGAUGUUGUCGAAUUAGAUGCUGAACUUGGAAACCACAUUUUACACCAUCCCUUGAAAGCUGCUCAAGUGUUUCAAUCAGUCUGCUUUGUUGCUGUUAAGACUCUCUCAUUAAUUGGACAAUUACAGACUGAAACUCAAAUCAACAUUGUGCUGAAGUUAACGCAUUUACCUCCCCUUCCAAGUUAUAGUCUUGAUCUUUGUGAGUUUCCACUUAAUUAUACAUCUCAGAGAUUUUAUAUGAUGCAAGGAAUUGUGAUUGCAACAACAACUCUAACCAAGUACACACAAGGUGCAAGAUUCCUCUGUUCAGAUGAAGUAUGCCCUCUUUCAAAAGGAUUUCAGUAUAUAAGAGUCCAUGUGCCUGGUGCUACCGAAUCUGCAACAGUAAGAAAUGACUUUUCGUGUAAUCUGUGUUCAUCUUCACUGGAAGAAGACAGAAAAUUUAGAGUACUUGGUGAUAAACAGAUAGUUGAAAUAAUUACCACAAAAGUGCUUCAUGCUUUUCAAGGAGAUUCUAAAAACCAGCCAUUUAGGUUUCAAUCACUUAGUAUUUUCCUAAGAGAUGAACUAGUGAAUAAAAUGAAAAUAGGAAAUGAAUAUAAAAUUAUUGGAAUUCCAGUCUGUGUCAAAACUUCACAAACUUCUCUCUGUGUAGAAGCAAAUAGUAUCACUCCUUAUACAGCAAAAGUUCCUUCAGGAAUUAGUGACAACUUCAGGUGUCUCCUGUCCUUGACUUCCAGCUCAUGUUGGAAAUUCACGGCAAUACUUGCCAAUAUCUUUGCAUCACAGAUUGUUCCUCCUGGGACUUACAAUUUGCUCAAACUCUGUUUGUUGAUGAGUCUAGUACAGACAAGUGAUUGCAACAAGGGCCCGGAAGACUUUUUGGAUAUUUUAAUUAUCACCAGUGACAGUCUGCUUGUAGAUAGACUUUUGAAUUACAGCAUGAAUCUUGUCUCCCGUGGUAUACGACAUCCUGUGUCUACUGAAGUGUCCAAAAAUAAAUAUGGAACUGGAGCAGUGAGCAUUCAAGCUGGCAGUGCUCUGCUAGCUAAGGGCGGUGUCUGCUUCAUAGGAGACCUAACAUCACAUAAGAAAGAUAAACUUGAACAGCUUCAAUCAGUUUUGGAGAGCAGAAGCCUCACAGUGUUCAUCCCAGGAAAGAAGUUUGGGGAUGAUGUCGACCAGCAAAUGGCAUUUCCCGUUCAGUGCAGCUUUUGGACUUUUGUUGAUAUGGAUUCAUCUUCAAGGAGAAACGUCCAAAAAACCAGUACUCUGAUUGGCCAGAUGGAUUGCAGUUUGAUUCCAGCUAAUCUUGUGGAGGCAUUUGGAUUGUUGAUUAACUGCAAUGAAUCAUCUCCUUGCCACCCAUUUCUUCCUACUGUGCAACAUACAUUAAAGAAAGCUAUGGAUCCCCAAGGGUUGUUUUAUUUAGCUUCUAAACAGUUCACGACUCAAGAUUUUGAAAAGCUAUUGGCUUUUGCAAAGAAUUUGAUUAUGGAAUUCAGCUUGGAGGCCGAAAGAAUGAUUCAUGGCUAUUACCUAGCGAGUCGUAGAAUCAGAACAGAUUCCAUCCAUGGGUCGAAGCUGUCAGCAUCUGCACUAAAACACUUAGUUUCUCUAUCUGAAGCUCAUGCUCGACUGAACUUAAGGAAUAAAGUGCUCAAAGAAGACGUGCUAAUUGCAGCCUUACUGUUUGAAAUCUCUCUCACACUGAAAUAUGGGGCCACAGCAUUUUGUGUUGCUCCCAAUGCACUAUUUCCAUUUGAACUGUACAAUGAAGAAUAUUUAGAGCAAAGAGAUCUCUACCUGACUCAGUGCCAAGAGCAGCUUCAACAGUUUAUUGCCACAUGUGGACCUGGGACAACUCUCUUUUCUAGUGAUGAAUAAUCAAUCUGAGCAAAGAAUUACUUUCCACACCUCUACAAGCCUUGGUUAAUGUAUGAGGGAUUAUGAAGUGAUGCUUCAGAUAUGUACUGUCUCAAGCUAUCUAUUAGAAUGCCAUUCAGAGUGA